GCGCUGUGGCCCCUUUAGUCGGUGCGGGCCGGGGACACCGUGAUGGAGUCUGCGGACUGUGUGGAGGAAUGAACGGGCAGACUGAUCACUGUUUUCCCGCUGAACUUGGACCGUCAGCGGCUUCUUGUUGUUCACAUAGUGGAGCGACCGGCGGUACUGAGCUAUGAGGAGAGCUGAGCCGGAGCCUCCAGGUGGUCUGGCUGCUGGACUAUGCUGUGUUGGUCCACUGGGUGGCGCUUCCUGAGUCGAGCUCACCUCCUCCCUCCUCGACACGCCGCUCAGUCCGUCGCCAUGUACGCCACCCGCCUCUACAGCACUGCCGGGGGGGGAGGGGGAGGCGGAGGCGGGCUUAAACAAGGCAGGAGGGCGGGGCUGGCGGUGCUGGAGGGUCCUCAACCUCACCUCCCCCACCAUCUUCACCCGCCGCCUCCCCCGACUUACCCUCUCUACCAGGGCCGUCCAGACGCCCACCGAGGACCUCACUUCCACCAUCACUACCACCCCCACCAUCUGGCUCCACCCCCUCUGCCUCCACAUUACCAGCACCAUGUGCCGGUCCACUCCUACGGGGGAGGAGCAAUGGCCGGUGGUGGCGGCAAGAAGAAGACGUGGAACUUCAUCCAUGAGAAGAUGAGCUAUGACACGUUUUUCACCAUGAAGCGUCUGAUCGAACGCUCACGGCAGCCCGACGAGGUUCUGCGCUGGGUCACACAGAACCCCGCCAAGAUCUCUCACAACCACUAUCCCGUCGCCCUGCAGAAGAUCGGCCAGCUGCUGCAGGCCGCGCCAUCGCCGCGGGUCGCUGGGGACGGCGCGGAUGGCGAUGCGUCGGAGGCGGACAGGCGGCAGAUCCUGGACCAGCCGGAUUUCCAGACCCUCUGCAAUGCCAUUGUCAACGACUGCGCCAAGUUCGACAACUUCAGCAUCGUCAACUGCCUGUAUGCUGUCGCCUCGCUCGGUCUGCCUAGUGACUCCAAGGUGGUGGUGGUCCUGGAGGCGGAAUCCCAGUCCAGACUGAACCAGUUCAACCAGAAGGACGUGUCCAUGGUGUUCAGCUCCAGCAUGCGGCUGCACCCGGGCAGCCAGCACCCGCUGACCGAGGCCUGCCUCGCCGGCCUGGAGAAGAACCUGGAGCGAGAGCGCCACCCGCAAACGCUGUUCCUGCUGCUCUCUUACUACCGACUCAAGUGGCGCUCGCUGCAGAUGGCAGAGCCGGCUGCAGGGGGCGCCGCCGCUAUCAACACGCCCCCGAAUCCAGAGCAGCUAGUCACCAACAGGAAGAUCCUGCGACUUGUGAAGCACACGCUGGCCAGCGUCAGUGGCGUCCGCGACCAGGAGAUGGCGCUGUUGGAUGAGAUGCUGGCAGCCUGUGCUCGAGAGGCCAGUAACAAGAGUCUGGAGCUGAUCUUCAGCUCUCACCUGUUCUACCAGAACCGACAGGAGAAGUUCAUCAACAGCCUGGCAGAGGAGCUGCCCAAGAAGGUGGACAGCAUCACGCCAUACACCAUGGCCCUCAUCGCCAAGUACAUCGCCCGCCAUCGGCUCAGGGAGACCCGGCUUCUCGACACCAUUGCCGACUUUCUGAUCAGGAAGGCCGAGUACCUGGAUAGCAAGGUAAUCCAGAAGCUAGUGUUCCCAUUCAGCAGGAUGAGUUACCGGCCGUCCGCCGAGCAGCAGUUCUUCUCCCGGCUGGAAGAGGCGGUGGAGCUCAAGGCGCUUUGCUCGCCGCUCGCCACCGUCAACAUCCUCAUGUCCCUGUUCCAGCUUGGCCACUUCCCUGGAACCGUGCUGCACAGAGUCUUUUCCUCUGCCUUCAUCAGCAAUGUCACAAGUGAGCAAACAGUGAGACCCUGGAUUCAUGGGACCAGAAAGACAGCCAGUAAAAAUAGUCCAUAUGCGCUGAUUGUCAGAAGGUACCUGUCUCUUCUGGACGCGGCGGUAGAGUUGGAGUACCGGGACUACGUCGGCCCUCGCCUGCAGGACGCACACAAGGUGCUGAUGUUUGACCAUGCCCUCACAGCGGACGAGGUCAACCGGAAGUACAGCUAUAAAGGUCUGGUGGCUGAAGCUCUGCGCCAACUGCUGGGAGAACACAGCUACAAACAGGACGAGGUGCUGCCCCCUGGAUACUACACAGACUUUGUGCUGUGGUUGGACGGUUCUGGUCGGGUUCUGCCCAUCCGGUCUGGACCCUGUGUCCAUCCCUCCUGCAUCACCGUAACGACUAAGUCAGCUGCAGGGGCCGUUGCCGCGGUGACCGCAGAGCUACAGUGCUUCUCUCCCUUUUCGGCGCCGGAGGACGGCGGCGACCCCUCCAGUCCGGCGGCCAACGGAGCAGGCGGGGCCACGGAGGACAGGGCCUUCAGACCGCGCCCCCCAGAAGGCCCCCUGGCUGUCACUGAUGGCGGGCCCCUGGACUACGGCCCCUACUACGCUCCCACGGCGCAGUUCUACACGGGUCUGGCCAAGGAGCCGUCAGUGGAGAGCCAGGACAGCUCCACGCUCAGCAGCCCCCCGUCGGACAGCGCCGCCCCGCCCCCCGCCGCCCCGAGGGGCCCCGACUCCCUCUUCCAGUUCUCCAUCGGGAAGAUUCUGGAGGACGAGGGGUCCGGCGCCGCCUCGGAGGUCCAGGGCGCACAGAUGGCGGGGUUCUACUGUGAGGGGGCUGCCGCCACCAGGGCGGACCCAGAUGGCCCGCCCCCAGAGCAGCGGCACAUCCGCAGGGUCAUCCUGUCCGUGAACGACAAGUGGCACUACUGCCACAACUCUGAGGUUCUGGUCGGGUCCCGCGCCAUGAGGGACCGCCACCUGCGACUGCUGGGCUACAUCAUCCUGCAGCUUCCGUACCACGAGCUGGAGAAGCUGAACGGCAUCGAGGAGGUGAAGCAGUACCUGCACCAGAAGCUGCUGGACGUCCCGCUAUGACUGCGUCUGUGUGUGUGCGAGUGUGUAUGAAAGGGGGCGGGGCCAGCGCUCACCUGUCACCACCUGGACACAGAAGCACAUCCCUGAUUGGUCAAAAACUCCCAUCAGGCCGUGCAGCAGCCUGCAGGUGCGCUGGCGGUGUGAGUGGUGCUUUCUGUGGGCGGGGUUGUUUUCUAGAGUAAUGUAACCAUGGUAACCGUGAUGCAUGAGGGAGUUUUUAAAGCAUGUGCCAAAGGUUGGGGGGAAGGUGUGGUUCUUGGGGUCAAAGGUCAGAUUAUUUAUUUGUGUAUCAGGAGAAGGACAGAAGUUUGUUUAUAUUCUAUCAGCUGAAAUGUGUAUAAAAGCUGAAGAGCCGA